AUGGGCUUACUUCGGCAGAUUUUGGCAGGCGACGACAUCAAGUACCACGACAUUUUCUUCCACGUCGACGUCCUCCACAUCGUCUUCCACAACCUCCUCAUCCACGACAUCGUCGUCCACGACAGUGUCGUCCACGACAUUGUCGUCAACAACAGUGUCUUCCACUACAUCAUCAUCCACGACGCUUUCGAUGACAAGUACUACGAGUUCCACAACUUUGUUGCGCGGCUGCUACAGAGUGUGGUCUUGGAAUGUCCUGUAUCAGUCUCGUGCAGACUGAAGUGUUUGCUUUGCUCCGGUUCCCGUCUUGCUGGAUAUGCUAAGAAGAACGAUUUCGCGCUGCCAUCAACAGUGCGCGAGGACUCGCCCGAGGGCGCUGUAGUUGUGGCCGCGUUGGAGUCCGUGUUGCUCGCAACGAAGUCCUCGGAAGGGGCCGUCACAACGUCGACUCCAACUGGGAACGUGACUGUGGUCAAGCUGACUGGUUCCGCAGCUAACUCCAGCACGCCAGACCAGAACCGCAUGGUGUUGCAGAUCAACAACGGCAAUGCCGGAGCUGUUGGCACGGGCAACGAUGGGUCAUUGUCUACAGUGGCUGUUUCUGUGCCCUUGGCGGUAGUGGAGGAUCUGGCACAGGGACAGAACGUGCUGCUGUCGGUCAUGACAAUUGCAGAGGAGGUGUCCCUCACGCUGCCAAAUGCAAACACCGAGCGCGAGACUGUCGAGCUCACUUCCAAGGUCAUGGAGCUGUCGCUGGUCCUGGAAGCCGGGGGCGCCGUCACCGUGGCAAACGUGUCCGACCUGACCGAGCCCAUCGCCUUUCAACUCGCUGCUGGCGAAGCAGUCCCGGGAGACCAAUGUGCUUUUUUCGAUCCAGUCUCACAAACAUGGUCCACGAAGGGCAUGGGGAAUGUGGACGCCGAAACGUUCGCGCUGCUGGGGCUGGGGAGCACGAUGAACGGAACUUGGUGUCUGACCACCCACACCUCAAUGUUUGCUCUCGUCCAGAUUAUCCCCUUUGAUUCCAUGUGGGACCCAGAGGCAGGUGCCCUGAACGCUGAUGGUUACGUCCUCGCCGGCGCAUUUGUGGGCUUCGUGGUGUGUCUCAUGCUUUGCUUCGCUUGCGGCCUCCUGGUCCGCCGGAUGCGACCGGCAGCGGCAGGGCAGACGGAGAUCCAGGACACCAAGGGCAGACUUCAUGUCGUCACUUUCUCUCGGUCACAAGUCAUGGCUGAGACGAAGACAGUGGUUUCCGACGAAGAUGACGAACACGAGGAGACCAUGGAUGCCAAACAGAAGGUGCACAUUCGCUGGGACGUCGACCCUGGGCGAUUCCUCAAGAGGCUGAACCACCUCAAGGGCCACCGUUGGGUGUCCAUGGACUUGAGAGCAAAGAGGGUCACUGGAGUCGCGGGCUCCGUGACCAAGGAGGCAUCGCAGUCCUAUGCCAAACGGUCCUUCCGCAACAUGUUGCAGGGAGUCGAGGGCGAGGAUGACAUGACCAAGGAGACGACGAACGAGGCGCCGCAGGUCGGCCGACAGGCAUCGGUGACCUCCGAAGCUUUUCUGGGCGCUGUUGAGUCCAAUCAGGACAGCGGCGUUGCUAGAGAAGAUUCCGAAAUCUAUGAGGUCAGCUUGCGGGAUGCAGCUUCAGACUUUGGCCUGGUUGAGGUUUCCGUGGACCCAAGCCCAGGCACUUGGGAGCCUUCGUCGGCAUGGCAGGAGAUGUACCAGGAUGCUCAGUUGGUGCACUACUAUUCCCGCACUCAUGGGAGGACGCUCCUGGGCUUCAUCCAGGGUUCGGGCCAGUUCAUGGGGACGGACGUGGACGAGCUGCCACGCUACAACUGCUGCAUCGGUGUGCGAAGGCAACUUCGCAGGAUGGUCCCGCUGACAGACCUCCGCCCGCCGUUCAGAGGUGGCGAUCCCGUCAUGGUUUUUGUGGAAGAUGAGAGGACCUGGCAUCCUGGAGCCAUAGCAGCGACGCCUGCCCUCGCCCUCCACCAUGCAGCGAAAUUCCAGGUUUCAGUCCUGGACAUGGACGCGUCGGGUGCAGUGCUGCGGGGCCCGCGGCCACCAGGCUCGCGUCUCCUCCUCACAGACGUUCCCUUCGAAAGGAUCCGGCGCUGGUUUCCGAAGGGCCACAGAAUCCGGGCCUACAGAGGUGAGGAGGGCCGAACACCGGAAGAGUGCUGCCAUCGCUUGUGCAGCAGCUUCAAUUGUCCAUCACACUCGGGCUUCGUGCCCAUCAACAACGCGUCUGCAGCCGGACUCACGAUCGCGUCCUGUUGCAGAAAACUUCCCUCCUGCACUGCAAACUCCCGGUACGUGCCGCUGAGCAGUCCCGGCUUGGACGGAGGGCGGGGUGAGGUUGCGGCCUCGUCCAUCGAAUGUGCGGAGCGGUGCCAGGCCACGGACGGAUGCAUUGGAUUCACUUGGUUGGCCGACGCCAGCUGUCACCUGGCCGCUGCUAACGCAACGCUGCGCUCCAUGGCCGGUGGAGUCAGUGGCAAUGCGACCUGCCACUCCUUGCGGCCGCACCUGCAACGGAAAGAAGAUGUCAAGGUCCAUGAAUUCUGCCAGCGGGAACCAGGGAGAUGCACCGGCAAGGUGCAUGAGCUCUUUGCCCAAGCGAGCCCAAAGAUCCUGUCAAGCGGCAGACUCUUGUCAACACUGGCGGGCGGCAGCUCGGCGCAGCUGGAUCUGGCAGGUGUUGCAGUGGUGGACUGGGAUGCCGAUGGUCGUCUCGAUGUGGUGACUUCUCAUGGAAGUGGGCGCUUGGGCCUCUUCUUGCAAGGCUCGGAUGGGAAGUUUUCUGCUUCCACGGACAACCCCUUCCGUUCCAUCGAGGUCGGGGAGUCUGCGAAGCCCGCGAUCUUUGAUUGGGACGGCGAUGGGGAGCUGGAUGUCUUGGUGGGCAAUGCAGACGGGGAUCUCAAGUUCCUGAAAGGUUCGGGAGGUGGUACUGUGGCCAUGACCUGGAAUUGGUACCCCUUCAGCAAGCUGACAACCCUUGGUCGCACGGCGCCUGCCAUAGCAGAUUUGACGGACGAUGGGAAUCCAGAUUUGGUCCUGGGUCACGGAUGUCAGCUGGAUGUGUACCUCGGACAGGGCAACCGCUCCCUUGCACUCACGGCGUCUCACGACUUCGGCUCCUCGGGCUCCUCGGGCUCCUGUGCCGUGGUCCCGACAGUGUGGGACUGGGACGGCGACGGGAUGAAGGAAGUGAUGGUUGGGGACCAGGCUGGAAAACUCCACCUCUGCCGGCUCAUGAAUGGAACCACGCUGAAUUGCGAUGUUUUCGAGGGCUACGGGGUCGGCGAGAUGGCGUCGCCCUCUGCGUGCGACUGGAACUCUGACGGAGUUCCAGACCUCAUCGUCCAAAGCAGGGGACUCCAGGACCUGGCCUGGUUUCGCAGAGGCUCCAGACCGGACAUGUUGGAGGUUCCCGCCGAGGAACCCGCACUGUUUGGCUUUGACGUGGGUGAGUCAGCCGUGCCUGUCUUGGUGGAUUGGGACCUGGAUGGAGAUCUCGAUCUGAUCGUCGGAAGCGCUGACGGAAAGUUGUGGUUUUUUCCCCAAGAGAACGGCGAGUUCGUAUCCUCAAAUCAGCCCGACGGGCCCUUCGCGAGCGUUGAUGUCGGGUCACACUGUGCGCCCACCGCAGUCGACUGGGAUUCCGAUGGCUUUCCAGAUCUCAUCCUCGGCAGCGGUCAGGGACGGCUGACCCUGCUGCGUGGAGGCAGUGCCGGCGUCGAGCCACAGCUGCUGGAGGAGCAGCGGCUUUUUGCCUCAGUGGACCUGAAGACGCGAGUGCAGCCGGCCGUGGUAGACUGGGACAGCGACGGAGAUCUGGACCUUCUCCUGCUUGCCGGUGGUCGGAUACAAUAUUUCAGAAACCAGCAGGGCCAUUUUGUGCAGGUUCCGGACGAGUACAGCCCCUUCUCGCAGGUUGGCGAUGUACUUCGCCGCCAGGGGCUCUCGACGGAUGACUCUCUGUGCUUGCAGGCGAUCGACGCAGAUUCCGAUGGAGACUGGGACCUCGUCGUGGGAGGGUUGCUUUUGGAGCAGCUCUCCGACGGUACUCUGAAGUAUCUGACCGGAAGCGACAGUGCGUUUCCCAGCCAGUGGCCCGGGCCCUCAUCCGCGGAGGGUCCUCCGUGCCUUGCGUACGGCGACUUGGACAUGGAUGGGGUCCUGGACCUGGUGGUGGGCUUCCGAGACGGGAGGCUGGACCUGGGGCUCGGCAAAGUCGGCGAGGAUUUCAAGGCUCAGGAGGGACUCGCGAAUCCUGUGGGUGACCUUGGGCUGGGUAUGGCCCGCAAGACUCCGGGCAUCGUCGAUUGGAAUAGAGACGGCAAGGCCGACCUCCUCGUCUCGGUGGCUGACGGCAGGCGGCUCUUUCUGCAUGAAGCGGACGGGUCUUUGAAGGAGACCACGACGAAGCUCCCUUCGCUUGAGGGACGCUCCCCGUUGUCGAUCGUGACUGUCGAUUGGACGAUGGACGGAGACGAUGACGUCCUUCUUAUCGAGAAGCAAGCCUUGGUGCUUCUAGAGCGGAACGGCUCAGAAGGCUUUCUGCCAGACUUUGAGGUGUUCCGCUGGUCGCUUCACGAUGGGUUGCCCACCGUAACUGGAGGAGCCGUGGCAGAUUGGGAUGAAGACGGACUGUUCGACAUCCUCGUCGGCCUCGCAUCUGGUAGGCUGCUGCACUGGCGCCAGCUUGCUUCUGGGCAGAUGCAACCGGUACCGGAGGACGAAAGCCCCUUUGCGGGGAUUGUUGGAGAAGGCUCAGCCCAACCCGCUAUAGCAGAUGUUAACGCAGACGGAAAGCUGGACUUGAUUCUGGGAUCAUCCGGCCUGCUGCAGAUCUACCUUCAAGACGAGGGAGGCAAGCUGCACCGAAGGCACGUGCUGGAUGGCUUCAGUGGGGAUGUUGUGCCAGUGGCAGCCGAUUGGGAUGGCGACGGCGAGAGCGAGAUCAUUCUGGGCACGUCGUCAAACGACCUGGUGUAUCUGGAUCAGGGCCCGUGUGCUCCAAGAGACGCCUGCCUGGGACAGUCCGGACUUUGUAACUCCAAGAGCCAGGUUUGUGAGUGCCUACCAGGCCACAUUGGCAUCGACUGUUCCAAGUGCGCCAUGGGCUUCAGUUCUACGCCGAGGAACUCCGAGAGGGGCCACGAUUGCUACCCGUGCCCUGGAAAGACAGGUGGCGGUGGCUGCAGUCACAGAGGAGUCUGCGUGGACGACGACUAUGUGCAGGCUGCGGCUUUGGGGCGAAAUGAGGUCUCGGAUGCACGGCUCCUUCGUGGAAACGGAAGCUGCGUCUGUCAUCCCAACUACUUCGGAAAGGACUGCGCACAAGGCGAGUGCCCUGCUGGCCAGGAGCCCGCGGCAGACCUGGUGUCAGGGUCCAUCCAGUGCCGCACAUGCCAGCAGGGCUAUGGCAAGGAGCAGUCCGGCAACCACGAGUGUGGUGCAUGCCAGCCAGGGACUGCCGCAGUCUCGGGCGAUGGUUCCUGUUCACCCUGCGGCGCAGGCCAGUAUCAACCCAAACCCGGCCAGAGCGAGUGCAUCCUUUGCUCGUCGGGAUCUCAAACAGACGAGGGCCGAACUGCCUGCAGCCCCUGCCCCUCGGGCACCGUGGGCGUGCUGGGCAUGUGCCAACUGUGCCCAUCCUUCACAACAGCCGGCAGCAGCCGGACUCAGUGUGUCAUGGACUGGGUGCUAGUGAUGGCAGCUUUGUUGUUCACACUGCUGACGCUCGUGUUCUUCCAGCUGCUCGUCUACAUUCUCGGUGCCCGACGGAACAUCGCGGACAUAACUUGGUCUGCAGUGGACGAAGCUGUCAUAGUCACGAUGCAAAGCCGGCACCACUUCGGUUCGAGGUUGCUCAAGGUUCGCCUUUAUGACACAGGAAUCCCUUUCCUCGACCCGUGCCAGAAGACCCCUUACUUCUUCAUCCGUGCGCUCUCUCCCACACAGCUGCAGCUCUAUACCGAGCCCAAGAUCGCUUUGACGACGCCGGUAGAAGCAUCUUCCGGCACACUGAAGCCCUUGCCGAUGUCCGAAGGCUUGGGAACUCGUUUUUUUGGCAUCCCGGUCUUGUUUUGGCUGGGCAUGGUGGCCCUGGCAAUGAUCAUCCUCGGUAGCCUAGCACCCAUCCCUUGGUGGUAUUUGCUGCUGACUGCGUGUCUUGGCCUGGCCUCGAUCCUCGCGUUGCAGCUGCGAGCCGCGCGGUUGGACCUCACACCGCUGCAGCGCCUCCUCCGCCAGUAUGCUUUGCACCUCCGAGCGGCGAAUCCACCGACCAGCUGCGAGCCUGGAGCCCUGCGCGCCGUGAGCAUCGCGCGGAUCCUACACUUCAAUGAGUUCUUCAGAUCGCUUAUUCAGCAGAGGAACAUGCACUAUGUUUGCACCAGCAUCAUCAAGCCGGUGACAAAGAAGUCGCAGCUCUCCUUUGCUGAACUUGCUGGGCCUGGAACGGUGGAUUGGUUCAUCUCGCACUUCUGGGCGCUCCCCUUCCAGGACUUUGCCAAGAGCCUCCGUGCGCACGCUGUGUACGUGGGCGGCGCGGGUGGGGACUGGGAAGCCCUCAAAUACUGGAUCUGUUCCUUCAGUCAGAAUCAGUGGCGGCUUGAAGAAGAACUAUGCUCCGGCGCGCUGAGAGAGUCUUCCUUCUACAAGGCCCUCAUGGCCCCCAGCUGCCAGGGUACCGGCAUGAUGAUGGACUCCGAGCUCACUCCCUUGAAGAGGUCAUGGUGUCUCUUCGAGAUGCUGCAAACCUUCAAUUUGCACGAGCGCGGCCUGAAUCAGCACCGCCUUGCGCCCUUCAUGGGCCUGUUUCUGCUCAGCCCUGCCGGGGUGCUGAACGUGGGGCGCGGCAGCGUCGACAUGGCGGUGAGAAUUGGCAAGCAGCUCGACAACUUACGCUUAGAGGAUGCUUCUGCCACAGAAGCGGCAGACAAGCAGCGCAUCGAUGACGAGGUCCGGUCUGCACCAGGUGGGUUUGCCGCCUUCAACUGCAAGCUGCGUGCGGAAAUCCGCCUGGUCUUGGAGCAGAUGUCCUCGCGGUUUUCUGACGAUCUGAGCGAGCUCAACUCGCAGCUCUACGAAGGGGAUUCGCAGGAGGUGGAGAUCCACCUGGCGACAGAUCCGGUUGCCUGCUUGUCAUUGUCCCCGGAGUUUUCGAAGUCGAGCUUUCCACUUGUCACUGACAGGCACCCGCGGGAUUCACAAGGACGGACUUGGGCGGACACGAAGGGGGGGGAUGAAGGCUGCGACAGCAACUCCGACUUGCAGGCCAGCGACGAUCCCAACAGUAGGCCGCCAGAUCGAGAAGCCAGCAUCCAGCUCUCGGCUGUGGCUUCCAUGACCUCGGCAGACACACAGAACACCGGUGCCACAGGCACUGCUCCGGAGACUACGCUCCUGCAGGUGCAGCUCGAUGGGGCAGAAGAACCUGUCGAGAUUGCAUCUUACCUGGUGAUGAGCGUGGUCGACAGGAGCGGCACGUGA